CUUGUCCCCGCUAUGUUUUCCCUUCGACACAACCAAGGAACCUCCUCCUGCCACGUUGCUUAUUUGUAGCCUCCGAACCCGCUUCACCGCAGCCUUGCUUCGAACAUCCUCAAAGCUUGUUACCUCUGAAGCACAUCCAUCAGCAAAGCCAUUGAGUGCCGGCGACGAAACAUGGCCCCACCUCCUCCAGCACAGCAGCCUUUGCAGGAACGCUUGUUGAACCUAGCCAAAACACUACAAUUCGCGUGGUUUGUAGGACAUGCCAUCCUACUCAUCUGCACCCUACGCUAUGGCCUGAGCUACGUCGCUUUCCACCCCUACGCACGGUGGGCGCAGGUCAGCUACCGCACCGCCUUCGUGGCAGCCGCCGCUACAUAUGGCAUCGUGGUGUUCAAGAGCUUCCGGGCUCGCCAGAAGAGCGGGAAGCCGCAGGGCUCACCAGUGCAAAUGAUCGCCGACGAGAACGUGCAAUAUCUCAUCAUGGCCCUCGUAUGGCUCUUCACCCGCCAGGUCGCUCUGGCCCUCCUGCCCUUCGCCGUGUACAGCAUCUUCCACGUUGCGACAUACACCCGCAGCAUGCUCCUGCCAACCAUCCAACCACCGCCACCGACUCCGGCAGGCCAGAAGCCCAAGACUUCUGCCCUCUCGGACGCCAUCGGCCGCUUCGUCAAGGACUACUACGACCUCUCCAUGUCCCUUGUCGCCGGCCUCGAAAUCGCCCUCUGGUUCCGCAUGCUCGGCUCCGCCAUCCUUUUCCAGAGGACUAGCUGGAUCGUACUGAUCGUCUACACUGUCUUCUUGCGCGCCCGCAUCAGCCAGAGCACCUUCGUGCAGGGCAUGCUUCACCACAUCGGCGCCCGCGGUGACCAGGUCGCUCAGAGGCAGGAUGUUCCGCCUGCGGUCCGUCAGGGUUGGGACAGCUUCAAGCGCGUGGCCAAGCAGGCACACGAUCAGACCGAUAUCAACCGCUACGUGCAGGGGCAGCAGGCUCCGCCUAAGAAGGCACAGUAAGCGUGUAAUGUCAGGCCUGGCGGUGAAGGCUGGGAGGCUGAAAAUACGAAGAACGGAUUUAGAUGGUGUAGAAAUGCACAGGACGGGUGAAUGUGACGACAAAGAAGUGAUGCGUAUUUCGAAGGUGGGUUCGUGCUCAAUGCGCGCGGAAGGCAAAGUGGUAGAAGGAGCGAGGCGCCUGGAGCCCUAGAAGUGUCCAUCAAAACGGAGGAGGAAUUGACAAAAGACCUGAGAAAUUCGGCAUCAGGUUUGUGCAAGCAUAGCGGUAACACUUCCAUACUGAGCGUUGUGAGUAAACAGAGAAAUGUUGCCCUUUCAUCUCUCAGGCUGUCGCGCCUUCCAUUGUUACACUUCCAUGUCCGAGCUUAUAAGCUUGCAAGGAGUCCACAAGCAAUCAAUCAAAUCUACCACCG